GAGCGAGAAAGAACGACCGGCGCAAUGAGCAUCGUUGGCGAGAACCACCCCCUCCCACCCCCAACCCCCGCCAGCACAGUGGUGGUGUCCGCAUCAUCGGCAGGAGGGGGCGUCAUGGGCGUAGGCGUAGGCGUAACCACAGCAAACGGACCCCGUGUCGUCACCAUUUACAAAACGGAAACGGGAUUCGGAUUCAAUGUGCGCGGUCAAGUUUCCGAGGGGGGUCAGCUGCGCUCGAUCAACGGCGAGCUGUACGCCCCCCUUCAGCACGUGAGCGCCGUCCUUGAAAAUGGAGCAGCCGAGAAGGCGGGCAUCAAAAAGGGCGAUCGCAUUCUGGAGGUAAAUGGCGUCAGCGUGGAGGGAGCCACACACAAACAGGUCGUGGAUCUGAUCAAAUCCGGCGGUGACUGCCUAACCCUGACGGUGAUAUCGGUGACACAGCAGGAGGCCGAUCGACUGGAGCCGCAGGAGGAUCAGAGCGGCUACUCCUACAUUGAUUACUCGGACAAACGCUCGCUGCCCAUUAGCAUACCCGACUAUGGGAUCGUGAACCGGAAUGGCGAGCGGUACAUCGUCUUCAAUAUACACAUGGCCGGCAGGCAGCUGUGCUCGCGUCGCUAUCGGGAGUUCGCCAACCUGCACUCGCUGCUGCGCAAGGAGUUCUCCGGCUUCAACUUCCCCAAGCUGCCCGGCAAAUGGCCCUUCCAGCUGAGCGAACAGCAGCUGGACACGCGGCGCCGCGGUCUGGAGCAAUAUCUGGAGAAGGUGUGCGCGGUGCGGGUGAUUGCCGAAAGCGAUGCUGUGCAGGAUUUCCUCACCGACACCGAGGACGAUAUAUCCGCCUCGCCGGUGGACAUCAAGGUGAUGCUGCCCGAUCACGAGGUGAGCACCGUGUCGGUGAAGAAGUCCUCCAAUGCCCAGGUGGUGUGGGAGAUUCUGGUGCAGCGCGCCAAUCUCACCGCCUACACGCAGCAGUAUUUCUACCUGUUCGAAAUAGUCGAGUACAACUUCGAGCGGAAGCUGCAGCCGCACGAGAUUCCGCAUCAGUUGUACGUGCAGAACUACAGUACCGCCUCGUCCACCUGCCUGUGCGUCCGCCGCUGGCUCUUCUCGGUGGCCAAGGAGCUGACGCUGCCGGACGGCGAACAGGCUGGCCGGUUUGUCUUCUAUCAGGCGGUCGACGAGGUGAAUCGCGGCAACAUCCGGGCCGAUGGCCGCCUGUACGAGCUGAAGGCGCUGCAGGACGCCAAGAAGGCCGGCGACUAUCUGGCUUUGGCCCGCACACUGCCAGGAUACGGGGACGUUGUCUUCCCCCACUGCUCCUGUGAUAGUCGCAAGGAGGGACACGUGGUGCCCGCCGUGGGCAUGAAGAGCUUUCGGCUGCACGCCUGCCGUGAGGAUGGCUCGCUGGAGGCGCAAAUGGUCGAGCUGACCUGGGAUAGCAUCACGCGCUCCGAGAGCGACGAGGAGUCCAUGUCAUUCUGCUUUCAGUACAAUCGUCCAGAUAAGCCAGCGCGUUGGGUUAAAGUCUACACGCCAUAUCAUGCAUUCCUUGCGGACUGCUUUGAUCGCAUCAUGGAGGAGCGAAAAUGGGACGACAGCGGCGACUAGGGAAGGCGAAAGGCGCUGCAGAGGGAGAAGGAGGAGCAGAGGGAGCCAGUGGAGCAGGAGAAGGAGCAGCAAAGGCGGCGUCGACGGCAGGAAGCACAGAUAAAACAACCCAGUACCAUACCGAACAUCACCAGGCGGGCCGAGGCAUUGCACAUUGUUCGUUAGUGGGUCGGCGGGUGAACCAUUCGUUGACCUCUCCGCUUCUAAACCCACACCACAUCCACACCUCCUUCGGUUAGCUUGCCAUAAUCCGGCAGCUCAGUUCGAGGGCUCCGGAAUCUGUGGACUCAGAUUCGUGCUCUUGCCCACUGCUGCACCCAAAGUCUAAAGCCUCACCCAUAUAUAUUGUAAAGUAUAUUUGGCACUGAUAUAUAUAUAUUACAUUUAUAUAAUUUGUACAUUGACAAGCAAUUGCAAUCGCCUUGGCUCUCGGCGCUCCAAUUUGGGAUGCGGAUGGGAUGGAGUUGGAGUUGGAAAAUGUUAACAGCAGCAACAAAAAUGUUUCAAAUGUUUUCGGCACUUAGCACAUAGAGCAAAAACACAGGCACCAAUUUAGAUCAAGCAGAACCGACGAUUCUCAUUAUACAAUAUAUAUAUAUAUAUAUAAAAUUAUAAAUAUAUAUAUAUAUACACAUAACUCACAGACACGCAUACAUUAUAAAGAAAAAGGAAAAAAUAUAUAGAAGAAUAUAUUUAAGCCAACCUCAGCGUAAUAUUUAAUUCAUAAUUCUCCAAAUACCCUUUGUUCCGUUUUUGUUUGUAUAUUUUGCUCAUAGGAAAAAGGCAGCGGCUAAAAGGAAAAAUCUAUGAAGAGUAAAUUGUAAAAAGUCAAUUUUAAUUAUACACAAAUAUACAUACAUCAUAUAUAUAUACAUAUACAUAAAUGUUUAGCAAACACAUCGAGAAGCAUUGAUCAUUUAUUUAUUUGUAUGUACGUACUACGUAGGAAGGCCUAGAAACAAACUCAACUGAACGCAACCGAAAUCAGAAUCAGAAAGUCAGCCAAGAGUGAACGAAAUAGAAAAGCGGGUUGGCAACAAGCAAAUGCAAAUGCUAAACGAAACAAUAUAAACUUAACAGAUAACUAAAAACUAAAGCGAUGAAAUGUUGAAAAUAUUGUACUCAUUCGAAAACGAAAAACAGAAAACUUUCUAUAGAAAUUGUUAGUUAAAUUUAAGGUAACGUUAAUAGUUAUUGAACAAAUGCGAAAACGAGACUCAAAACUCAGCAAAACUCAAAACCGAACUCAAAAAUUAACCUAGACAGAGACGGCAGGCGGGCAAAAGAAAGAGAGAGAGAUAGAGCGACAUAACACAAAUAGCAAAAAUGGCGGUGGAAAACCGAGCUUUCUUUCACGUCGAAAAACCCACAAAAAUCACAAAAAAACCACAAACAUUUUCACACGAAUUAAGGCAGAACAUAAUUACACACCCGCAUACUUAUAGAAUGGCAUAUAGGCAUACAUUUAUCAACGAUGCAAGUGACGUCUGCUUGUGAUAUUUACAAUUUACACAAUUAUUACAAUUAAUUUUAUUACGAUUAUAUUAUUUAAUGGAUUCCAUAUCUCUUUCGUAUCUGUAUUGGAUUUGUUAAUCUCUCAAUGUGCGUAGUCUACGUAAUGUAUUUAUUAUGUUUAGUUAUAUAGUUCUACGAUAAUGUGAAUUUAAAAUUAUGUUUACUCUUAUUUAGCCUUUUUUUUUGUUUGUCUCUUUUUGGCCAUUUACAUGUAGCAAGCGCUUACUUUAGAUUUGUGUGUAUUCCAUAUAAUAAUUAAUAAUACUAUACAACUAAC